GAGUCUCAGACUGCCUGAUGACCCUGAGGUCAACGACCGCGCUGAGGUUCUAUAAGAGGACCACGAGACCCUCUCACUCCUGUCCGUCUCCUGCCAAACCACCAUCAUGAGUUCAAGGCUCUGCUCACUGCUGCUCCUGGUCCAGGUGCUGGUCUGGUCCAACUCUGCUCUGCCUGUGGACACGCAAAGUGAGCUGGAUAAGAUUAGAGCCACUCUGGAGGAGAUGAAGGCCCAGAAAACAGACAUGAGUGCACGUCUGGAUGUGGCCGAGCAAGAAGUGAAGAGGAUCAAAGAAACUCCCAAAAUUGCAUUUGCUGCGUCUCUGGGAAACAACGGCCUCCUGAAGACGACUUUAGGAUCAGUAGACCUCAUCUACAAGGAUGUCAUAACCAAUGUGGGCGGGGCUUACAACUCUAGCACAGGCGUCUUUACGGCACCGAUCCGAGGCGUCUACUACAUCCGUUUUACCGCCAACGCUCCGAGUGACUUCCCAAUGAGCGCCGUCCUCUACAAGAACGACGCUUCCAUCCAGCUCAUUGCUCACGAGCAGACGUCCGGCCAGGGCAGCGACACAGCGUCCAACGGCGCUGCUCUGCUACUCGAGCGAGGGGACAGACUGAGGUGGAAGCUGUGGCACGAGACCCAGAUCUGGGACAACAGCAACCACCACAGCACCAUCAGUGGGUUCCUGCUCUUCUCCAUGUAAGACCAGUCGCCACUGACGUCAACGCUGACAUCAUGAUCCGUGACAUCAUCACUGACGUCACCAUGAUGUCUGUGUGACCCUUUCUUUCUGU